AUGCGCCCCUUCCUGACCGCCGCAUGGCCGUGCGCUAUCCUCCUCAUCCUUGCCAGUGCGCUACAGUCGCCGGCGGUGGCGAGCUCCGGUGCCGGCCGUCUGGAGUGGCAGGUCCUGACCAGGGCCAACUUCUCGUCCCAGAUCCGGCUCCACCCCCACGUCCUCCUCCUCGCCACGAUGCCCUGGUAUGGUGAGUCCAGAUCACUGAUGGCUGACAUAGAACGUUUGGUUGGUUCCAAUGAGGAGCUUGGUCGCCUCAAGCUGAUGGUUGUAUACAGGAAUUCUGAAAAGUUGCUGACAGAUGCUAUUGGUGCUGCUGAAGGAAUAAAUGUGGUAUACUACCAAUGUUCCAUGCAAUUCAAGUAUCAAGGGAAGCUUCGCGCACAUGAUAUACUGUCUGCAGUGCGCUAUAUCAUGUCACUUAAGCAUGAGGAGGCCCCUUUUGAGGUUUUGCAUACACAAGAAGAUGUGGAGACUUCCAUUGAAUCUACCGAUAAAUCUGUAAUCCUUUAUGAAUCCUGUGGAUGGUUCACCAGAUUGGCUCAUGGCGGGAGCAACCAAAGUUAUGAGGCAGCUUCAUCAAAUAACCACACAGAAAAUGUUGACAUUUCUGGGAAGACAAUGACCAGAGAAUCAGAUGGGCCACUAGAGCUUGUUAUAGAGAAUGAAGAACAAACCCUUGGAGUUGGGGGUCAGCUUACUGGUUCUCCUUGGAAAGGUGGUUUUGCCUUGGCAAACGAAAGUGUUUCUGAACAAAUUGGAAACACAAAUGAUGGAUAUAGAAAGUGUACAAUGCAAAGGUUCCAUCAAUUUGAAAGUUUCUAUGCAAAGCUUACUGCUAUAGCAAGAGAAUAUUUGCUUCCCCCAGAAAUAGCUAAAUAUGGUCUUAUAACCGAAAGAUCAUUGUUGCCUUCACUGGAUGUUGUUAAUGAAGGCAACCAGGAGACAUGGUUCGUCACCACUCAUCAUAUGGGAUGCAAAACUUGUUCAGUUAUUGUGAAAGAUGGCGAUGAUCUGAGAAGUCUAGUGCAAUCCCACCAUAAUCUCGGCAUUAAGGAGGUUAGUGCUGAUGAAAGCGGUAGAGAGGCUAUCUUCCCCACAAACAGGCCCUCUGUAAUUCUAUUUAUUGAUAGAUUAUCCCACUCUUCAAAAGUCAGAGAUGAAAGCAAAUUAGUCAUCAAGUUACUAAGGCAGUAUGUGCAAAAUAAUUACCCAUUUCAUGUCAGUAAUGGGGCUCUAAGUAGCAGUACCUCCAAAACACGCUCAAAAGCUGUCCCUUCUUUGAGGAAUACAGGUAUCUCAGAUGCCUAUUCUCAAACAGCAAGGUUGAGUGUUUGGGCCUCUAAGCUUAUGGCACUUGGGGACAAAAUGUCAGUUAUGGUGGUUAAUGAUGGAGAUAGUAUUUCUUACAGAAGUUCUAGCCAAGGUAGUGGUGCUAAUCCUUUAUACGAUGUUCUGACUAAGUUGCUACACAAAGCAAGACCAGGGCAUAGGUCAAAGAAAACAAGGAUAAGUUUAGUUUCACGAGAUGUUGGCCUAAAGAUGUUGUCAGAUGAUUCUGAAAUCAAAGUGGUCAAGUCUCUAUCAGUUGAAGAGAGUGAAUACAAAAGUACUGACGAUGCAUCUGCCACUACAGAUAAUUCCAAUGAUGAUAUUACUGAAGUUUCUGUGGAUGAAACCACAGCAAAAGAGACUGAAUAUAUUGAUGAUGGACAGGCACCAAGUAUACUUGAUAAAUCUCUGGCAACUUACCCUGAUGAACAUGAUAAUGCUCGUGAAUCUAAUGAUACAGAAAUGGAGGACCAAAGCAAAAGUGAAGCUUCAGAUAUGAGUGUUGAUCUUAAGGAAGAUGUCUCCAAUAAUGCAGAUAGUAGUAGUGAAGUUGGAGGUAUGUUGCAUAAACACAUAGUCGAGAAAACAGUUACAGAAGCUUUUCAAAUUUUGGAACAUGAUGAAAGAAACUUGUACGCUGACCAAGAGGAAUCAGUAUCAUCAAACGAGCAAGUUGAUGUAUCUUCAGUCCUGAGUAAAAAAAUCAGUAAAACUGAAGAUGCCAUUUAUGAAAACACAUUCGAUCUAUCUGAAGGAUCAGAAGAAAGUGAUACAAGAUGUCCCCAUCAUGCAACAUGCAGCUCUUCCCGUGUUCCUGUAAGAGAUGACACAGACUUUACUGAUCAGACUCCUGAGAACUUUAACUGGUGGAUCAAAAAUUCCGUCCCUGCAACUCUUGGUGUGGGUUUUGUCAGCGAGCAGAGCUGGUGGUCCGUGAGUUACACUGAUCAUUUAAGAGCUUUUCGAGCUAUUCAGAUUCUGUAUCUGCAAAUGCUCAAGAUGUCCACAAUGAAGGAAGAACUUUAUCUGACAUUAUUACUUUUCCCUGCGGAGAACAAAAGUGCAAUAGCAUAUGAAGGGGGAAUGUCAGUGCCUCAUUUAAUCGAAUUUUUGGAGUCUCACUUGAGCAAUUCUCGCCAUCUAUUGGAAUAUAAAGGAUUUAUGUGGAAGAAGAGAAUGACAACACAGCAUGAUGCACCACAGGCAAUUCAGUUUCAAGUCAGUGAUAAAGGCAGCGGCAAUGUUGGUUCUGAGUUAUCAAGUCAUCCAGAUGUCGUUACAGGAUCCAUCCUUACUGCCACUGAGAAGCUUGGGACCGCAGUUCCAUUUGAUAACGCCAAAGUGCUCAUUGUGUCAUCUGAUUCUCAUGAAGGCUUUCAUGGUUUGAUCAUCAACAAGCGAUUAAGCUGGGGUGUCUUCAAGGAUCUGGAUAGCUCGAUGGAGCCUAUUAAGCAUGCCCCAAUUUUCUAUGGUGGGCCUGUCGUGGUGCAAGGUUAUCACCUUGUGAGCUUGUCAAGAGUAGCCUGGGAGGGGUACAUGCAAGUAAUACCAGGCGUCUAUUACGGGAACAUAGUUGCCACAAGCCGGGUAGUCACACGGAUCAAGUUGGGUGAGCAAUCUGUCGAAGACCUGUGGUUCUUCCUAGGCUACUCGGGGUGGGGAUACAGCCAACUUUUUGAUGAACUAUCUGAAGGAGCAUGGCUUGUUAGUGGGAAGCCGAUUGAGCAUUUGGACUGGCCGAAGAGUUGA